CGGUACGAAGCGAGCCUUUCAGUAGCGUCGGCACGGCUGACAAUUUGUGUAUGUUGUUAUAUUUCUUAUGGUCAUAGUAAUCGCGGCAGUGCGUGCGUGAAUCCGCUAUACAAAUGCCAAUUCCAAGAUUGAACCAAUAAACACCGUAGUGCCCGCGCGUCGUCAGCUCAACAAGUUGAACAUUUAGACGACUGUGCGUCUGCAACGCGGUUGGAGCGUCUAUUAUGCACACGCGAAGAAAAAGCGCGUCCCUUCGUUGACCGCGGACGUUCCCAAGCGAUAAUCGCGCGCGCGCGAACAGACUGAUCAUCUCUCAUCGUAACUGUGUCCGCAACAAACGAGAGACGAGGAAUCGAGACAAGAUGGGGCAGUGUUGGUACAACUUUAUAUUGUGCAUGCUGUUUACCUCAAGCGUCAUGAUCAUGACUGUUGCAGUGCUGCUGAUAGCAUUGGCCACAUGGAUGUUGGCCGACCGAAACACGUUCCUAGUGUCAUUCGCCGAGGAACAGCUAAAUUACGAAGUGACUCUGUACCUCUUACUCGGUCUGGGGAUCAUCCUGGCUUUCGUCAGUAUACUAGCCUGUUGUGGCGCUUGCAAAAAAUCUCGAUGCAAUGUGAUGACAUCCUUCUGCAUAAUGCUUGUCUGUAUCGUCUGGCAAAUCUCCUUUGGGGUAUGGGUCACAGUCAACUCUGACCGUCUGAAAGAACUGUUGAAGUCCAACAUGAUAAACACCAUAAAGAAUGAAUACGGCGUGAUAGAAUCUCGCACGCAGAUCGUGGACGCGUUCCAAUACGAACUUGAAUGCUGCGGCGCCACCGGACCAGCGGAUUGGGCCGGCAGUAAAUACGCGAACAAGGAUCCUUCUCUUCCGUUUAAUCUGACUGUUUCCAGCAGCGUUACUAAUAUAUACAAUGUGCCGGAGUCGUGUUGCAAAAUGACAGACAGCGCUAUCUGUAACGACACGCGCAAGAUGAAAAUCGGCGGAAUCGUGAGCACCGAAAUUCACAACGAGGGCUGCAUGGAUAAAUUGGCGAUUGAACUGUCGAAACAGACCGCGAUUGUCGGUAUCAUCUCGAUAGGCCUCGGACUGCUGGAGUUCCUUUUUAUUUGCAUCAGCUUAAUAUUCGUUCAGAUGCUCGCGAAGGAGAGAUAUAAAGCUUAAAUACUAAGCAUAAACCCGUCGCAUCGUAUAAUACGUGAGAAAAUACUGAAUGAUAAUAUCACAACAAUCUCUUUGAACAAGAAUCUCGAUUUUACCAAACGUACAAGAAAUUAAACAUUAAAAGUGCAAAAACAUAAGGAAAGAAAUAAGAAAGAUGUUUUACCACGAAUUUGUGUACCACGGACGUUUAAUAAACACACAACACAUAUACAUAAACACACACAUAUACACACAAUACACACAUAUAUUUGAUCUUUCUUAUUACUGCCAAAUGUUCUAUAUAUUUAUAUAUAGAAAUGUAUAUAUACAUGUAUUUUUCCAAUUUCAAAACUUAUAUAAAAGCAAAAGCAUUUAAUUCUCUUUGCAAUGUAACCUAGGCAGUUAGGUUCUCUUCGGGCCAAAGUAAUAAACCAAACCAACAUGCCGCGCCGGCACAAGGUGAAAAGUAAAAUUUUAUUUUAAAUGACAUGAGCGCAGUGCGUGACAGCUAUUAGUAAUACAUUACUUUUACAACAGAGAGGAUAUCUUGUUUUUUUCCAUCUUUGUUAUAUUCUCGACGUACGUCCUUAAUCUUACCGACACUUCCGAUGUAUUUUAAAUAAUUAUUAAGUCGCCGCUUUUCCAAAGCUGCGAUUUCACUCGAGCUGCCCUAUGUAUCGCGCGUUACAUUGUAAUAACGCACGCGUUUAACAACGUAUGUACAUAUAUGUGUAUAUAUAUAUAUAUAUAUAUAUAUAUAUAUGCUUACGCAUGCGUGUGUAAUUAUGUAUGUAUGUAUGUAUGUAGGGUAAUUUUAAGAGAUCUCAUAUUGAUAAAUGUCCCGAUAUCUCCCACAAAUCAAAUCUCUGUACCAAUAUACAGGUAAACAAUAUGGCAUAUCGAUAAUAUCUACGAUAAGAAUAUAAUCCCAAGUCGGUAUACUCUGUAGUAGUACCAACGAGGUUACUGUUAAAGACCGUCAACCCUCGACAAAUCCAUUUCCAUACUUCAUAAUACAUAUACAGUUCUCUCAUUACAAUUUAUUGGUAUACAAAUUGAUAUGAUGAAGUAUAUCAGACAUUUUUGUGAAACUGUAUUUCGGCACGAUGAUUUGACGUGAAAUUCACCGACAAAAAGUUAUUAGAUAGCGAAAUUUGUCAUAUACGUUAGAUUCCUCAAGGCUAACGGUUCUUGCUCUCACCUCGUCGGUCGUAAUAGUCUACUGCGCGAUCGUCAUAGUGUCUAGUCUAUAAACGAUUGAUACUAAUUUAUCGGAUUUACCUACUUUAUACCACGAUAUAUACACAUGUUAUAUUUUAUAUAUGUUAUUUUUAUAUGCAUAUAUUAAUGAUUAAUGAUUAAUUAGUGAUUGCGUAUUAAUAAUUUUCUCUGUGGACUUCCUGUGUGAAAUAAACAAACGCCACUAUCUAUUCGCGCUCUGUAUUUGUA